CUUGGGAAGCGUUCGACUUGUGAUUUUGUGAUACGAAAUCCAUCAUAUACAUCUCGUUUGCUGUGUCAUUCUAUGUCUUUGUGUCAACAACAACAACAACAACAACAACAACAACAACAACAACAAUAAUAAUAAUGGCCGGGCAUAUAGGUUUGCAUUUUCCUCUGAGUUGUUUUUUCUUCCCAAAUUGUUUACAAAGCUGCAGCGGAGGAGGCCGAGCGUUUAUUUUCCCUUGCAAUAUAAGCUCAUUAACCAACAUGGUGUAAUUAGCACUGUGGGUUUGAACGAUGGGGAAACCGAGGCAGGAGGAAGUGACUCAGGUGCAAGGCAGGGAGCUCCUCCCUCGUUGCUCCAACCACUAGGCAAAUGUUGCCUACAAGACACAGAGCUUUCUCUGCCUCUUUGUUUUUCUUCUUUGAGCCUUCAAUUCGUCCCUUUAAGGAGCUUUCCCUAUGUGACCGAAAAUAAAAGCGGAUUUUGGAAGGACGGUAGAGUAUUUCUGGAGUCCGGACCCAUGGAGCCGCUGCCCGCCUUGCUCCGGGGAUACAUCUACGCGAUCCACGUCUCCUUCCUGGAGAUCCUCUUCACGGUGCUCAUCCUGGGCCACGAGUGGACCUUCCGCUGGGCCCCCGGCCUGGGCUCCUUCCUCCUCUACGGGGCCUGUGCGCUGGCCCUGGAGCAGAUCCACCUGGCCUUGCGGGGCGACUGCUGCCUGCUCACCCGCUGCACCCUCUACACCUUCUGCAUCUUCCUCUGGCAGUUCUGUGUCGGGUUCUUCCUCCAGCUCUUUGGCGCCUGCCCUUGGGAUUACUCCAACUUCCACUACAACUUCAUGGGCCUCAUCGCCUUGGAGCACGGCCUGAUCUGGUUCGUGAGCGCCUUUUUGCUGGAGCGCAUGGUGAUCGGGAACACGCUCCGGCUGCGCAUGGACAAGCCGUGGAAACCCAACAAGGAUCCCAGAGCUAGGCCCCACUUCGAACUGAAAGACGACUGAGAAAAGAACGGAUUUGACAUAAACCGUCUGGCUAUCUGUCGGGAGGGUUCGGAUCAUGUCACUAUGGCAGAAAGGGGUUGAGCUAGAUGGUCUUUGGAGGUCGUUUGGGCUUCAAACUCGAUGUCUCUGGGAUUCAAUCGGGCAGGAAUAGUCCCCACUGUGAUGAAAACAGUGCUCAAGCUGGGUUAAUUCUACAGUG